GCCCGCCCGCCCAGGUGCCGCUGCGCCCCCGCGCGCCGGCCCGGGGGCCUCGCCGCCGUCCGGCGCGGUGCUGCAGACCCUGCGGGACUCACGUCUCGUCCGAGGCGCGGAGAACAGCAACUUGUCCGUCCACUUGCGAGAAUUUUCUCGCUCCUCUGAGAAGGAAAGAUGUCGUCGGAUGGGAAUUCCGCAGACAAGUAUUUCUGCUAUCUCAUCUCGUGCUUCAGGCCCAGACUGAAAACAUACAUCCAGGUGGAGCCGGUGCUGGACUACCUGACCUUCCUGCCCGCAGAGGUGAAGGAGCGGAUUCAAAGGGCGGCUGCCACCACCGGGAACAUUCAGGCAGCUGGUCUCCUUCUGAACACCUUGGAGAACGGGGUCUGGCCCCUCGGCUGGGACAGGAUAUUUGUGGAGGCCCUCCGGCGAGCAGGCAACCCCUUAGCCGCCCGCUAUGUGAACCCGGAGCUCACCGACUUGCCCUCCCCAUCCUUCGAGAACGCUCACGACGAGUGUCUCCAACUGCUGAACCUCCUUCAGCCCACACUGGUGGACAAGCUUCUAGUUACAGAUGUCUUGGAUAAAUGUGUGGAGGAGACACUGUUGACAGUGGAAGACAGAAAUCGGAUUUCUUCUGCUGCAGAAAAUAAUGGGAACGAAUCAGGGGUCAGAGAGCUCCUGAGAAGGAUAGUGCAGAAGGAAAACUGGUUUUCCACAUUCCUGACUGUGCUGAGGCAGACGGGAAACGCCGGGCUUGCGCAGGAGUUGACAGGCUCCGCCUGCCCGGAAGGCAUCGCAGAGCCUGGGAAUUUGUCACGGGAAGACGGUCCUGAAGGUCAAGAGCCACUUCUUUUAGCCACAGAUCAGCCCAGUCUGGAGGUGUGGGACAUAGAGAAAAGUUCAUCGGAAUCGUCUUUUGCUGAUUCUUCUGUGGUUUCAGAAUCAGACACAAGUUUGGCAGAAGGAAGUGUCAGCUGCUUAGAUGAAAGUCUUGGACAUAACAGCAACAUGGGCAGUGAUUCAGGCACCAUGGGAAGUGAUUCAGAUGAAGAGACUGGGGCAGAAAGAGCGUCCCCUGAGCCAGAGCUGCAUCUCAGGCCUUACCAACUGGAAGUGGCCCAGCCAGCCUUGGAGGGAAAGAAUAUCAUCAUAUGCCUCCCUACAGGGAGUGGGAAAACCAGAGUGGCCGUUUACGUCACCAGGGAUCACUUGGACAAGAAGAAAAAAGCAUCAGAACCUGGAAGAGUUAUAGUCCUUGUCAAUAAGGUACCAUUAGUUGAACAGCUCUUCCGCAAGGAGUUUGAACCAUUUUUGAAGAAAUGGUAUCAUGUUAUUGGAUUAAGUGGUGACACCCAAUUGAAAAUAUCAUUUCCAAAAGUUGUCAAGUCUUGUGAUGUUAUUAUCAGUACAGCUCAAAUCCUUGAAAAUGCCCUUGUAAACUCAGAAGAAGGAGAAGAUGCUGGUGUGCAGUUGUCAGACUUUUCCCUCAUCAUCAUUGAUGAAUGCCAUCACACCAACAAAGAAGAAGUCUAUAAUAACAUCAUGAGGCGUUAUUUGAAACAGAAAUUGAAAAACAAGGAACUCGAAAAAGAAAACAAACCAGUGAUUCCCUUACCUCAGAUACUGGGGCUAACAGCAUCACCAGGUGUUGGAGGGGCCAGAAAGCAAGCCGAAGCCGAAGAACACAUUUUAAAAAUAUGUGCCAAUCUUGAUGCAGUUUCCAUUAAAACCGUGAAAGAAAAUAUUAAUCAACUUAAAGACCAAAUAAAAGAACCAUGCAAAAAGUUUGUAAUUGCAGAUGACACCAGAGAAGAACCAUUUAAAAAUAAACUUCUAGAAAUAAUGACAAACAUUCAAGCAUUUUGCCAAAUUUGUCCAAUGUCAGAUUUUGGAACUCAACCCUAUGAACAGUGGCUCAUUCAAAUGGAAAAAAAAGCUGCAAGAGAAGGAAAUCGCAAAGAUCGUGUUUGUGCAGAACAUUUGAGAAAGUACAAUGAGGCCCUACAAAUUAAUGAUACAAUUCGAAUGGUUGAUGCCUACAAUCACCUUGACGCUUUCUACAGUGAUGAGAAAGAAAAGAAGUUUGCAGUCCUAGGAGAUGACAGUGAUGAGAGUAGUGACGGUGGUGAUGAUGGUGGUGAUGAAGAUGAGGAUGAUCAAAAGAAACCUUUGAAACUGGAUGAUACAGAUAGAUUUCUCAUGACUUUAUUUUGGGAAAACAAGAAAAUGUUGAAAAAGCUGGCUAAAAACCCAGACCAUGAAAAUGAAAAGCUGACCAAGUUAAGAAACACCAUAAUGGAACAAUAUACAAGGACUGAGGAAUCAGCACGAGGAAUAAUUUUCACCAAAACACGACAGAGUGCAUAUGCCCUUUCCCAGUGGAUCUCUGAGAAUGAAAAAUUUGCAGAAGUAGGAGUCAAAGCCCACUAUCUGAUUGGAGCUGGACACAGCAGCGAGUUCAAGCCCAUGACACAGAAUGAACAAAAAGAAGUCAUAAGUAAAUUCCGCACGGGGAAAAUAAAUCUGCUUAUCGCUACCACGGUGGCAGAGGAAGGUCUGGAUAUUAAAGAGUGUAACAUCGUUAUCCGUUAUGGUCUCGUCACUAAUGAAAUAGCCAUGGUCCAGGCCCGUGGUCGAGCUAGAGCUGACGAGAGCACCUACGUCCUGGUUGCCCAGAGCGGCUCAGGAGUUAUCGAACGUGAGAUAGUUAAUGAUUUCCGAGAGAAAAUGAUGUAUACAGCAAUAGACCGUGUUCAAAAUAUGAAACAAGAGGAGUUUGCGCAUAAGAUUUUGGGAUUACAGUUGCAAAGUAUAAUGGAAAAGAAAAUGAAAAUCAGGAGAAGUAUUGCAAAGCAAUUCAAAGACAACCCAUCAUUAAUAAGUUUUCUCUGCAAGAACUGCAGUGUGCUAGCCUGCUCUGGAAAAGAUAUCCAUGUAAUUGAGAGGAUGCACCAUGUCAAUAUGACACCAGAGUUCAAGAGACUGUAUAUUGUGAGAGGAAACAGAGCACUGCAAAACAGGUUUGCCGACUAUCAAAUAAAUGGGGAGAUAAUCUGCAAAGAAUGUGGCCAAUCUUGGGGAACGAUGAUGGUGCACAAAGGCUUAGAUUUGCCUUGUCUCAAAAUAAAGAACUAUGUAGUGGUUUUCAAAAAUAAUCUGGUAAAGAAACAAUACAAAAAGUGGGUAGAAUUACCGAUCACAUUUCCCGAUCUUGACUAUUCAGAAUAUUGUUUGUUUAGUGAUGAAGACUGAUGUUCAGUUCAAGAUUCCUUUCAGAUAUUAUCAACUUGACACUUAAUAUGAUAUUGAUUAUUAUUUUCCUUAUACUACAGAACUGAAGUGGGAAUUAAUAAAAUCAUUGCUUUACUCUGUGUUGAGCUGUAUUUGGAAGAAGACAAUAUAUUAUGCUUUCAAUUUCUGUCUUGUUGGUGGGCAGAGGGAAAGAAAAGCUACCAGUCAUACUCAUCAGUUGGAGCGUUACAGUACUGGGGGAAGAAUGCUGGAGUAUAAAUGAGGAUCCAAGGCACCAGUCUCAGUCCAGAAUAAAAUUAAGCAAAUCA